GCCCCGCCGUGUGCCGCGGGUCUCUGUGGGGUCGGCCCGGCGCUGGUGCUGUGAGGGCGGCGGGCCUCGGGCAGGUGGCGGCCGGGCCUGCUCGGUCCCGGUGGGGGGAUGGGUUUCCGGGCCGCUGCCCUGGCUGGGGAUGUGAUGUGUAUGGGAUAAGAUCUUUCCAGAGUAAGAAGCAUGGUUCGAGAACGAAAAUGCAUAUUAUGUCACAUUGUGUACAACUCAAAAAAGGAGAUGGAAGAACACAUGAGAAGCAUGCUUCACCACAGAGAACUUGAAAACCUGAAGGGAAGGGAUAGCAACCAUGAAUGCCGGGUGUGCAGGGUGACCCUGGUGGGUUUGUCAGCAUAUGCCAAGCACAUCUCCAGCCAGCUGCACAAAGAUAAUGUUGAUGCCCAUGACAGAAAAGAGGAAGAGAAAGAAGAGGCAGAAGAAGAGUACCUUGACAAAGAACUUAUUCAACUAAUCAAGCAAAGAAAGGAACGGAACCGACAAGCUGAACCAAGCUGUGCAAACCAAGAAUUAGAAUGUGAUGAUAGGAGAUCACAGAGAAGGCGAGAAGAAAGAGCUACUUACAAAGAAAGAGAAGCUUAUGAUCAGUCAUCGUGGCAUCAUCAUAAUACAUCACAGAGGGACUGGAAGUGGGAAAAGGAUGAUUAUAUUAGUCCUAGGCAAGGCAAAUUUUCACAUUCUCAGAGGAACCUUAAUAUAAACAGACAUUCAGGAGGCCCAAGGGGACGCCCUGGGUGGCAUCAAAAUGUUUCAGGAAGCUCUUCAAAUCGGCAUAACUAUGGGAAUUCUGGAAAUGUUUGGCAUUCAAGUGGACGGGGAGGAGGAACCUCAAACUGGCAUCACAGUGCCAGGGAGAGAAAUUCUACUUGGCACUCAGAAGGAACAGGUCAUUUUUCUAGCUGGAAUUGCAAGAGUUAUGGAGGAAACUGGAAAUCUAGUCCUCAUGGUGCAAAUGGCUGGAAUUUUGGAAGCUCAGGAGACACAUAUUCAGUAGACCCAAUUAAAUAUAAUAAGGAAAGAUAUACAUGGCAGCGGCAGGAGAAAGAUAUGGAUGCUCUGCCAUACAGAGAUCGAAAAAAUAGGAGUGACUUGGUUGAUUUUACUAGUGAUAAACUUCCUUCUGAGGGGGCAUUGGAUUUUGGUACGUCGAAGCAACCAGAAAGCAAAACUUCAAGAGCCAGUGGAAAAAGUGGCAGUCCUUCCAGAGAUAAAAUGUAUCGCUGGACUCCCUACCCAUCCCAGAAAGCUGCAGAGCAGCAACCACGGUCUGAAGAUAACGUUUCUAAAACUCCCGAUAAAACAGAUUCUGCAUUUAUGCCUCAUACUGAUUCAUCAGUGAAAGGAAAAACUUGUGAAGCCAAUGUUAGCCUUUCAAAACUUAAAAAACGGGAAGCAUCUUCCCCUUCUAAUGUAACCUCAGAUCACCUUGAUUCUUGCAAGGUAAUGAAGGACUGUUCCAGUGGUGAAAAGCCUGGCAAAGAUGAUGGCAGAAGUAAUAGGAUGCCAUCACUGAAAUCCCCUCUUCUGAAUAUCACAGAUAGGAAGCUAUCUUCCCCAAAGCAAGACACAAACAGUCUCCUAAAAAAUGUCAAGCUGCUGCUAUCAUCAACUAGUGGUGAAGAGCAGAAUCAUUUGAAUGCACUGAACUUGGAAAAAACCAGUUUCUCUUCUUAUUCAUCAAAGCUGCACGGUGCAAGUCCUGGUAACUUACAAGACAACAAAGAUGUGCUUGGUGGCAAUCUUGGAGAGUCUGUUAACAGCUUAAGUGAAGCAGAACAAAAUCCCAAAGAUGUUCAGUCCAACCAUUCCUUGCAAAAUGCUCCCUUAAGCUCUUGCAAGGAUACAAGCGACCAGAAUAGGGAAGGAACUGGGAAAGCAUCGCCGAAGAACGAGUUCAGACUAGAUUCAUUAGAAGAUGUGAGCGAUGAUGAUUUAACAGGAAGUGAGAAGUCAGAAGCAAGAGUUGAAAAGUUGGGUUCUUCUGUUAGUUCUUGUUUACCCUAUGACACUCCAGAAGUUAAACCUGCCACCUCUGAAAAGGUAGAUGAUGAAAAGCCGGCUGCUUCAAGUAUUGCUUCUGCUGAUGUAAAAGAUGCUACUUUUCAGAUGGAAUCCACAGUUUCUCCAUCAAGCGGUCAGGACCAUUUGCAUGUGGAUUUGAAAACCUCCUCACAGGAUGGAGAAGGGGAUGAAGAGCGUGUCAAGUCACAUGAUCACUUUGAAAUGGAAGGUUUUGAAAAUCCUUCAGAUCAUGAGCUGCAAAAAGGAGGAAGCCAAUCACUAGGCCUCCUUCCUGAUUUAAGCAAAUUUGGCCUCCCUGCCUCUCUGCAAAGAGACCUGACACGACAUAUUAGUCUGAAGAGCAAAGUUGGGACACAUCUUCCAGAGCCCAAUCUCAAUAACGCACGGCGCAUUCGGAAUGUGAGCGGCCAUCGGAGAAGUGACACCGAGAAAGAAUCGGGGCUUAAACCCACCCUCAGGCAGAUUCUCAGUGCUUCCCGGCGAAACGUAAACUGGGAUCAAGUCAUUCAGCAAGUAACCAAGAAGAAACAGGAACUUGGCAAAGGUUUACCAAGGUUUGGCAUAGAAAUGGUGCCUCUUGUUCAAAAUGAGCAAGAGGGUCUAGAACUUGGUGAAGAAUCUGACCUGUCUACUCUGGAAGGAUUCCAGUGGGAAGGGAUUUCCUUAGCAGUGCCUGGCUCAGCCAGAAAACGUAGCUUUUCUGAAAGCAGUGUCAUUACAGACAGAAAUCCUUCUGCUUAUAGCUUCUUCAGUGAAAAAGCCAAAAUAAAAGAAAGUGGCCAAAGGCAAAUAAUUGCAGCCAGUCACUCUCAUCACAUAACAUCUGGGUAUGAGGCAAGCGCUGACAUUGAGGCUGACUUGAAACAGGAGACCUCCUCUCUUCCUUUAUCACCAUUUAUGUCUGAAAGAACUGAGACUAGCAGAAGGAGACGCAGCCUACAGGCCACUUCUGAGGUCACAGGCCUCACGAAACAAGACCAGGAGAGCCCAGAGAAGAGAACACCGCUUCUUGAAAAACAAAAUGUGCUAGAAAUCUCAGAAGAAAAUUGUCCGGCUUCAAAUAAUCCUUCACUUCUUACCGUGUCUAAUAACAUAGAUGCAGCUACAGACAGUAGCUGCACAUCUGGUACUGAGCAGAAUGACAGCCAAGGAAUUGGAAAGAAACGAAGAGCAACUGGAGAGGGAUCUUCUCCUGAAAUCCCUAGUCUAGAAAGAAAGAAUAAGAGAAGAAAAAUCAAAGGUAAAAAAGAACGUUCUCAGGUAGACCAGUUGCUGGCUAUUUCGCUGAGGGAAGAAGAGUUAAACAAGUCCCUGCAUAGUGUGGACAGCAGUCUCUUGCAGGCUAGGGCUGCCCUGCAGGCUGCAUAUGUUGAGGUUCAACGGUUCCUUGUAUUAAAGCAACAGAUAACCAUGGAAAUGAGUACAUUGAGAAGUCAGAGAAUCCAGAUCUUGCAGGGGCUACAAGAAACAUAUGAACCUUCUGAACUAUCAGAGCAACUUUCCUGCAGUGUCUUAAAUGAGAGAAGAAAUAGCAAAUCUCAGAUGGCAACUGACUUAAUUCCUGCAGGCUCCUUCCUGCCCCUUUUAGACACUUUGCCGUCACCAUUCCAGUCUUCUGGCAUCACGCCUGCUGCUCCUCCUGACUCCUCAGUACAAGUUAAACGAGAACCUGUGUCUCCAAAAGGCUCAGAAGAAAAUGUGAAUUCUGUACUCCAGAGCUCUCCAUGUGCUUCACGAGCAGAAGAAGUGGAGCAGAAGGAUGAAGAGACCAACCAGAAAACUUCAGUGUAUCCAGUUAUCUCUGCAACCAUAUCCCUAUCAGAGCUGGCAGCUUGUUUCCAACACGCUAAUCAAGAUGUUCACAAGCCUGCUGUGGACAGGGGAAAGGCUGGACUUCCCGAGAACCCUUCUCCUCAUUCACUGUCUGUUUUCAGCAAGAGAGAAGCAAAUGACACAGUGACUGAAAGCUUUUUACUGGAUCAGUGUAGCGCUUCUCUUCCAAAGCGCUCAGUCCUUCUAGAAAUGCCAAUGGAUAAAACCCCCAAAUUGUCAGCAGAACCACCCGAGCAACAGGUGGCAACCACUGUAGUCCCAGCAGAGAAAGGGAACAGGAGGAGGAGAAAGUUAAGGAAGAAGAAAACUCUGAGGGCAGCCCACGUGCCAGAGAACAGUGAUACAGAACAGGAUAUCGUUGACUCUAAGCCUGUCCGGAAAGUCAAGGGUGGAAAGGUUCCUAAAGGAGAAAAGGUUACUACAUCCACUCCUCCGAGACAGGAGGAUGGUGCUAGUGCUCAAACAGCAAGAAACAAAGAUGAGAAUGACAGUGAUGCUUCUCUGGAACUAGUGGAAGUUCCAGCACCCCAGUGUGAGGUUGUUGACGUUGGUUCAUCAGAGUCGGGAAAUGAGAAACCAGACAGUCCAUCAAAGAGGGAUUCACGCAGCUCUAUCGAUCAAGCAGUCCUAGAGGCAUCUUGCUCUGGUUAUGAUGAAGUGAGCUCUACCAGUGAGAUUGGCACAAAUUAUAGGGAUGAUAGGAAAAGAAGUGUGGCUGAGACGCAGACUUCCAUAUCAUCACUAAGAGGAUCAAAGAACUCAUCAGAAGUGUCUUCAGAGCCAGGUGAGGAUGAAGAACCUACAGAGGGAAACUUUGAGGGACACCUGGCUGCAGUGAAUGCUAUUCAGAUUUUUGGGAAUUUGUUGUAUACCUGCUCAGCAGACAAAACUGUGUGUGCCUACAAUCUGGUUAGCAGGAAGUGUGUGGCCAUCUUUGAAGGACAUACUUCAAAAGUGAACUGCCUCCUGGUCACUCAGACAAAUGGGAAGAAUGCUGCACUCUACACUGGCUCAAGCGACCACACUAUCAACUGUUACAAUAUCAAGACCAGAGAGUGCAUGGAACAGUUUAAAUUGGAAGAUCGAGUGCUCUGUUUACACAGUAGAUGGCGGAUCCUUUAUGCAGGCCUUGCAAAUGGCAGUGUGGUUACUUUCAGCAUAAAGAACAACAAGCAGGUUGAUACCUUUGAAUGCCACGGCCCUAGAGCAGUGAGCUGUCUAGCCACAGCUCAGGAAGGAGCACGCAAGUUGUUGGUAGUGGGCUCCUACGACUGUACCAUCAGCGUGCGAGAUGCAAGGAACGGGCUACUUCUCAGAACCCUGGAAGGUCACAGCAAGACUAUACUCUGCAUGAAGGUUGUGAAUGAUCUGGUAUUCAGUGGCUCCAGUGAUCAGUCUGUCCAUGCCCACAACAUACAUACUGGAGAGCUGGUACGGAUCUAUAAAGGCCAUAACCAUGCAGUAACGGUUGUGAACAUUCUUGGGAAAGUGAUGGUGACAGCAUGUCUGGAUAAAUUUGUUCGUGUUUAUGAAUUGCAGUCGCACGACCGCUUGCAAGUCUAUGGAGGCCACACGGAUAUGAUCAUGUGUAUGACGAUCCAUAAGAGCAUGAUCUACACUGGAUGCUAUGAUGGCAGUGUUAGAGCUGUGAGGCUUAAUCUGAUGCAGAAUUAUCGUUGCUGGUGGCAUGGAUGUUCACUGAUCUUUGGAGUUGUGGACCAUCUGAAACAACACUUGCUAACUGACCACACCAACCCAAAUUUUCAGACCCUAAAAUGUCGUUGGAAGAACUGUGAUGCUUUCUUUACUUCCAGGAAAGGUUCCAAGCAGGAUGCUGUAGGACACAUAGAAAGACAUGCUGAAGAUGACAGCAGGAUUGACUCAUGAAGCUUUUCACCUCCCACAUUGGGAAGUAAUUUUAUACAUCAGAAUUAUUCCAAAUAAUAGCAGUUUCCUACUCCAGUCUUUCCUCUUUCUUUUCCCACUUGGAAUGCAAAAAUGGAGUGGGGCUGAAAUGCCGUGCUACAGAGACUGCAGGUUGUGUUGCACUCUGUAGAAAUUAGGCUCAUCAAUUAAUACUUGGCUCAAAUGGAAAAUUCUUGCAAGUUUUUAAUUCAUUGACAGAUAAGAAUAUUCCCUCCUCUUGUCUGCCUUGAGGUUUUGUUAUUUGUUUUUUUUCUGUGGGUUUUUUUUUUUAAGCAGCAUAGUCUGAGAGUCUUUGGGAAGUCCAGAGGGGUAUUGAGAACUUACAUGACAGUAGGUGCUGGUGUUUGCAAACUCAGCUUGAAGUCUCUUAAGUGUCUAAGACAUGUCUGGUUUUAUGUUGUAUCCAAUUUUUUUAGCUGAUUUUAAUAAAAUUCUGCAAACCAGAAUAUCACAAAUUCCAACAGCGUAAGCUGAAUAUCCACUGUACAUUUUUACUUUCUUCAUAAAAAGAAAAGGUAUUUUAUGGAGAACUGGAAUAAAUUAAAUUUUUUUAAUGUUAAUUGUAACUUAUUUUUUAUUCCUUGUGUAAAAAUUGCUAUAACUGGCACAAUAUAUAUGGUGACAGACUGCCCUAAUACUGUACCCCCUGAGGUAUUUUGUUUAUUUGGAGGAAAGCAGUUACUACUUGAGAGGUAUGCCAGCAGCAGCAAAACAGCCAGAACAGUGGUUUCGCUCACGUCCUUUGCGAUCUUAGUCUUUUUAAGUAUAGGUCCUUAUGUACAGGAAAGAAGUAAGAGGUGUCAGCUUUUGUUUUAACUAUCAGCAUAACCACUGCUAUCUCCAUACAACACCGUAGUUGGAUUCCUGAUUUUAUUUGGAAUCGUAGUGACUGAGCUUUGCGGUCCCAUAUCUUCAUGGCACAGCAAACUAAGAGAAAAGCAAAGGCAUUGCCUGUCUUAGGUAGUGUCUUGUUUCUGUUGUGAACUGGCUUAAUUGGCUUGGGCUAUAUCAAGUUCACAAAAACUCAACUGGAAAGAAUGGAGCAGGAUUUUAAAGGAUUUUAAAGUCUACAGUUCUCAAGCAGAAGCCGAGGAUAAAAAAAAUGCAUAUUGCAUGUAAAAGUCUUGUUUCUACUCAUGCAUGGAAGGUGCCACAGAGAAGCCAGUGCAGAGGGCGAGACUGUUCCUACUUGUCAGGGUUCCUCUGCGGGUGUCCCUUGCGGUGGAAAACUUUACCCAUUAAGUUCAGUGAUGUGUACUUCUUGCAUUUGCGAUCCUCUCUCCCAUAACAGCACUAAUUUAGCAAAGAGCUCUCUUAAUCAAUGAGACUAAUCUAGCAAGGAGCUUUGUGUUCACUUUUGCCUAACUUGCUGCCCAGGAUAAAAAAAAAAAGCUGAGCUUUCCUUAAACUGUAACAGAAGGUAAAGACAGUCCAGUGUCAAAACUGAGCUGCUUAUAAAUGAAUCCAGCGCUGUUCAAAUGAAUUGAAUAUACUAUUUUUACUGGGCAUCUAUUUCACCACUACUUAGAGGCUUGGUAUGCCAACCAUAGACCAAAUAAGUUUUAUAGCCUCAUUCUUUGACUAUAAAAAAGCCUUUUUAGGCCAAGGAAGUGAUUGAGGGAAGCCCAUGGAUGUUCAUCUGCCAUCCAAUCAAGGAACUUCAGGGCCUCUGUUCUCUGAAGAACACUAUUUUUGUAUUGUCUUAGCGGACAAGCAUAAUUUCUCUGUAAUUGCUUGACGCUGAUGAUUUUUUGUGGGACAGGAGUAAAAUAGGAAUGAGAUGCAGUAGCAUCCUACUUCAAAAGAUAUAGCAAUCUCUGAGGUUCCAGUACUUUUGUGGUGAUUUGUUUGGGUUUUUUAUUAAGCUGUUUGCGGACAGGAAAAAACCCCAGUAUGUGGCUCAGACUCCAGGCUGUUUUGAGGGUUUUUUUGUUUUGAGUUUUUUCGGGUGUGUGUUUGUGGUGUUGGUUGGUUGGGUUUUGGUUUUUUUCCUCUUUCUUUCUGUGGUCUGUGGAUGAAGCAAUUCAAGACAGAAUCAAGUUCAGGGAAAUCUCUGAGCAGUGUAAAUGUUUUCUGAUGCAGGCUGUAUUGCUCUAGAGUCUCCAAGAGUAUUUGGUUUUUUUCAUGACCUAAAAGCAGAAGACUGCAUAAUACUUAAACCAUUUCCAAAAUUAUCUAUAUUCAAGAGUGGGGUUUUUUUCCUGUUUUUUUUUUUUUUUUUUUUUUUAAUCACAAUGAGGGAGCAUGUAAAAGUGUGGCAUAAACAAUGUGAAUACCUCAAGCUGUCCUUCAUGGACUGUGCUUGAAGUGAAGCUGUGGAGGUGUGUGUCUAGAGGACAAGGCAUGUGGAGUGAUUGUAGCAUUCUGAAAAAUGGUGUGAGAGAAUAGAUUUCUGUUACUUCUUCCUUGUAAUUCUUUGCGUUCCUUCAGCUGUUUUCAGGAACAUGUAAAGAUCUUUCUCACUAGAUGAUGCAACAAACACAGUUAUUACACUUUAUUUGCAUUCCUGAUUGCUUGUUGGGUUUAUCUUUUCUAGUUGGUGGAAGCAGACUUCCUUUUCUUGUAUUCCAUGACACUUCCUUAUCUGUUAUUGAAAACAAUCCUCCUGAAAGGUCUGGACUUGUGAAAUCCAGCUUUAGCUUUAGCAGUGGUGUCUUUUGCUCCUUUUAGGUCAUUUCAGAUAUUCUAAGAAUCUAAAUGGAUAAAAGGCAGUAAAAUAGCAGAGCUGGAUGAGCGUUUAUAAAAUUUUGCUUCAUAAAUUAAAACCAAUUUUAAAAAUUGCUCAGGGGUUCAUAGGAAAAUGCUGUGCUGCUUUGUCCUUAGAAUAUCUUAAAAGGAUUUGCUAUGAAGUAGAGGUGCAGCUGUGGAAAUCCCCAGGCUUCCCUAGCGUUCUGUGGGGAGGUUUCCUAUUUGUUCAGCUUUCACUAAUUGCCAUUUGCUUCUUGUGGAGGCAAUUGCAGAAGAGGGGUGGGAAACGAAUGUGUUGGCUUGGUAGCUAAUUAAUGAGAUCCCCUCCAGUCUUGCAGCCUAGGGUUUUGACUCCUGAUAUAGCUCUGGUCAAAGAGCAUCAGUAACUUUGGGAAGGCGGACUAUUUGUGAAAUUUAAUGGAGUAAUAUUUGGAUUAAAAGCAGUACUGCACAUCUGAAGCCUGUUUCAGGAUUUUUUUUUUUCAGUUUGUUUUUUUUUAUGCAGGUAAAAAGUUGUGGAAGAGUGAGUAGAGUGAGGGUUUAUUUUAUGGUUAGCUGUGUUUAUUUCAUUAGUCAAAUGUUAAACAAUGAGCUCUGGACUUGCUGUAUGGCUGACUAAAUAUGGCAGGCCCUUUGGAGGGCAAGCCACCAUUUUCCUCUUAGCAGGACUGACGCUGAGCUUAUUAAGCUAUGAGACUCCUCAACGGACAGAAAGUGCUCAGAGGCAUUAUGGUCUUUAUGAUAUAAAGAAUGGGCCAGACGCUACUGAAACAGCUUAUAUCAUGCUUUUCAAAAGCAUGAGACCUUGUUGCGCCAUAGGCGUACCAAGCCCUGUCCGAGCUCCUAAAGGAGGGUGUGAGUAGCAUAAAAUGAUCACUUAAAGUUCACAUGUGCUGCAAAGCUUAACCUUCCCCAACCCUCAAUAGCCUCAGGUCUAUUGAAUGAUAAGACAAUGCUAGGAUUGGUCUAUAUCCAUUGCUCCUUUUUCCUUCAAAUCACGGAAAAAUACUGACAGUGCAAAAUACUUCAGGACCUAACACUGCUGCUUCUAUCUGUGGAAGGGGUCAGAGGGAAACCUGCUGCAUUAAGUAUCCCAGCUUCUGCUUGCCUUGUGUCACUUAUGUGUGGAUUGCAGACUUUAAACGUGUUAUCAGCGCAUGAGCCGACUUCUGCAAAAUAGCAGGAGUUUGGCUGUGCGGUGUGUUUGAAGUAGUUCAGUUCUGAAUGCACGCUUUCAAACUGUACGGUAAUGCCAGAUCAAGGUAAACGAUAACUGAAAACUCGCAAUAAACUGUAGGUUCCCAGAAACAAAAAUGUGGUGUUGAGAAAAUAUUUUCCCUUCUUUUGAAUUAAAACACAGGUACAGAUGAAUCUUGGUUUUCAGCCUUGUAAGGUACUAUCAUUCAAACAGUAGAAGUUGUCCAGAGUUGCAGAAUAUGUGAGGAAGGAUAAGGAAACGGUUUCAGCUACUGUUUGUAAAAUAUUUAAUAGUAAAAGUAAAGAGCAAACUGUGUAGGUAUAUAUUCUGUUAUAUGCGCCUGCCAGCUUCUCAAAUUUCAUUUUGCUGUAAGUGUUUAACAGUCUUUCUGAAGAAUGGAAGUGGAAUAAAAACAACAUAAUUGAAUAUUUAAUAAUUUAAGCUGUGUAGAACGUGCACAGGUUGACCUUGAUUUUCUUCUUUCACUUUGGUACAAAGCUGUGAGCAUAAUAAUGAAACUUUACACAGCAAAAGAAGAAAAAAAGAAGAAAUAAACAAAUAAAAGUUCUUUAUAUUGUUA